UUUAGUAGCGGCAGCUUCAAUAUUAUCAGUAAUGAUUGGGGAGGGCAUGGAGACUUCGCUUCACGGGGGGCUGCGGGGAACCCCUCUUGACCUGCAGGUUGAGGAGCAAGUGUCCGCGCUGUCUAUUGUGAUAAUUUACAAACAGCAGUUGAAGGAGAUGUAUGCGGCGCUGUGUCAACCGCAUGGCGAUAUGCCAUAUGAUGUCCUGCUGGAGGGAGAGGAGACCUGCGAUGGGUGGGAAGAGGAGCUUUAUGAACAGAUCUCAUUUCGACAGAGGGAUGCGAUAGACAGGGAGAGGGCGAUUGUCGUCUUCUAUGACUGCAUUGAGAUGCUGCAGCAGGUCAAAGACAUGUUUGCUGGCCUUCUAGCGAGGAGACACGCGAGUGGUCCGCCGGAUACCGAGACAUGGACGGCAUCGACAGCAGCAACACCAUUGACAACAUCAUCAACAACAUUAAUUUCAUCAACCACGGCAACAACAGCACUGUCAUCGGCCUCAACCACAUCAACAGUGGUUAAUACGGAUAUAUUGCCAAUUAUGACAUCUAUGACGACAACAUCACUAUCUAUAGCUGUGACACCAUCGAGUAAUCAAGGUUGUGUUCAGCAAUGGGAGCUGCUUGAGCAGGCUCAUGAUGCAUGGGGGAGGGAAGAGGGCCCCCCCCCUUGCGUGGGAUUCGCGGAUCGGCUAUGGUCGAAUGCGCUGAUGUGGCGCGGUUGCAAGGGCUUAGAGGAGGGGUGGGGUCCGUGUGGCGAGAUCGACGAUCGAUUUCAUGAUGAUGCGAUUGCAAAGACGACAGUCUUGCCGACAAAAACAACAACAACAAUCACAUAGCAUGCAAUAACAAAUCCUGCAACAAUAA